UGUGUUAGUAAUAUACAUGUUCCUCAUUUAAUCUUUUAAAAGAUUCGAUUUCGAUUUUCCAAACAAAAGUCAAAAUUAGUAUGAAACUAAUAUUCACCAAGUAAAGAAACUAAAAAAAUGAAAAUGAAGAUCAAUAUCUUAGUUCAGUUAAUCUUCAUCACUAUUUUUAAUGUGGUUUUGGGAAUUGAAGAGCCUAGUAACUUGGAAUCAAUUAAAGUUAAAAGAGCGAAAGAGUCUUCCUUUGAUAAUUGCUUCGAUGCUUUUACAACCUCUGUGGAUUCACUGUCUGGAAAUAUUGAUGAAACUAUAGAGGCAUGUUUUAAAGAGGCAGAACACCAAAAAAAUGCAUUAUUAGCGAUAUUCGAAAACAAACGUUCAGCAAAUAUCAACAAAACAGACAUAAUUCAGGAGAAAUUCAAAGAAUGCUCAAAUACUGCUAUUAAAGAAUAUGCCAGUUGCAUUCAAAGUGUUGUCACUGAAAACAGUAAUUUGCUGAAUGAUAUAGCAACCCAAGAAAAGGAGUUUUCCGAAAAAAUUAUCAAUCAUAAUGUUGGAGAAAGCUGUGUGAACAAUGCUUUUGAUAAUUCUAACCAAAAAAUUUUAGAUACUUAUGAUCAACUGUAUAGCUGUAUGUCAAUUAUUCCGUAUUAAUAAAUUUUUUAACUUACAACAUGGACUCCUAA